CCGACGCCGCGCCGCGCCGCCGUAGAGGCCUUGUUCUCCCCCUUUCUCCUCUGGCCGGCGAGGGUGCUCCGCUCUUGUCAGCCUCCAGCCCGCCGUCGGCUCCAGACCGAGCACCCUUGGAGUUGCUGAAACAACUGUUGAAAUAGCCAGAUGUUCUCGUCAUCGUGGUGUGACUUUUAGGAGGCCUAACUCUUUCGAAGCCAGGCUGCUUUUAAGUUUUAACGGGGAUAGGACGUUCACCUGGAUAAGGAUCUCAGAUGCCUUCAAUUAAGUUGCAGAGUUCUGAUGGAGAGAUAUUUGAAGUUGAUGUUGAAAUUGCCAAACAGUCUGUGACUAUCAAGACCAUGUUGGAAGAUUUGGGAAUGGAUGAUGAAGGAGAUGAUGACCCAGUUCCUCUACCAAAUGUUAACGCAGCAAUAUUAAAAAAGGUCAUUCAGUGGUGCACCCACCACAAGGAUGACCCCCCUCCUCCUGAGGAUGAUGAGAACAAAGAAAAGCGGACAGAUGAUAUUCCUGUUUGGGACCAAGAAUUCCUGAAAGUUGACCAAGGAACACUUUUUGAACUUAUUCUGGCUGCGAACUACUUAGACAUCAAAGGUUUGCUUGAUGUUACAUGCAAGACUGUUGCCAAUAUGAUCAAGGGGAAAACUCCUGAGGAGAUCCGUAAGACCUUCAAUAUCAAAAAUGACUUUACUGAAGAAGAGGAAGCCCAGGUACGCAAAGAGAACCAGUGGUGUGAAGAGAAGUGAGAUGUUAUGCCUGACACUGUAACACUGUAAGGAUUGUUCCAAAUACUAGUUGCACUGCUCUGUUUAUAAUUGUUAAUAUUAGACAAACAGUAGACAAAUGCAGCAGCAAAUCAGUUGUUUUAGCAGAAUAUUGUCCUCCUUGCAUGUGUAGUUUGAGUACAGAUUCCAAACUUAUGGCUGAGUUUCUUCUAGUAUGAUCGAAAGUUUCUUUUUUUCCUUGCUCUUAAUAAACUGAACUGUGGGUUCUCGUAGAAGGUGGCAUUUUGGGCUUUCCCUCUCUUUGUAAAGCGAUUUCUGCCUAGUUUAUUGUCUGGUUAACUUUAGUUUAAUGACCUUUUAAAAGUUGGCAUUGUAAAUAAAACAAGUUGAAAAAAGUUUUCUGAAAUAGAAUUAACAACGUAUUAUCUUUAUUCAUGAGUUGGAAACUGGAAAAAGGCUACUUGAGGUAAAUGUUUUGAGUGGGCUUAUUAGGAUGUCUUCCAACUUCCUGGAGUCAAGGAGUACCACUGGUAUUGAUGAGCUUGUAUGUAGCUGGGCUCCCUUAAUUGGAUCUAAAGACUUGUUUUUGCAUUUUUAAUCCUUAGCUUUGAAUACAUUGGCUAGAGACUCAGUUACUACUCAGUUUGUGGUUUUGGGGGAAAUUUAGCCAGUCUGUUAGCUUUUCAAUUAAAAAAGGCAAAUAACCCAUGUAGUAUGUCAUCUUUUUAUCAUCAGUUAUCCCAUGUGGGGGAAACUUCACACUACUUGCAUGUAAAAAAAAUUUAACCUUUAACAUUAAAGUGUAUGGCAAAACCUAGGAGUAUCCAUCAUGAAUGAAAGCUUCAAUAAAAAGUAAGUUACACAGUA